ACUGCACGGCGGGGCGUGCUGUUCUCCAAUCUCCAAUUCUCCACUCCAGUCCUCGCGGUUCGCAGCACACCACAAUUCGCACGCCGCACGCGAGUUACGGGAAUUUCUGCGGAAAUUCGCGACGCAUCCGGGCCAUGGACGAAGUUCUCGAGAGCUGGGAGCAGAUUGAGGAGUCCGGAGCACUCGACAAAAGACUGGAGGCCCUUCGGUUGAACACAGUAGAGGAAGAAAUAGAAUCUUCUAGAACCAGUAACGAUGCCAACACAAGGAUGAUUAUAUUAGGGGAAGAUGGCCUUAGAUCUCAAUACGUACCUCCAAAACCCAUGGUAAAGAUAUUAAAGAGACCUACUGCAGAUUCGCGGGGUAGCGGCGACGGCCCGCUGAACGACGAUAAACCUAAGCAACCUAUUAAGUCUCUUAAACAGCGGGAGCAAGAAUAUGCGGAAGCACGUAGGAGGAUCCUGGGGGAAGAGAAGAGUCCGGAAGAGAAGACGAUGCAGGAGAUCAACAGAAUUCAGGCAAAAUCGAGCACGCCGAACGGCAAUAAUUUUCCUAGCAACGUCAUUCGUAUGCCUGCCGGUCCGGACGGUACCCGGGGCUUCAACGUACGCAGGUAGCGCGUCUUCCGAUUGACUCUUUCCACCCAUCUUCUUCCUCUCCUUCCUACUCGCUGCCAUGGGGAAGGAGAACGGCUAUGAGGCCAACGACAUAGAAUAACUUCGCGCUCCCAACUAGAGCGAACAAGAUAUUCUCGGAGCUGCGUCCUGCGAAUUGCCAUCAUGCGUAGACGCAGCCUAGCAAGGAUCGAGAGAAAAUGGACUUAUUCGAGUGAAAACGAAAUGCCGAUGUCAUGCAUUCUGUUGGUGCUCUCUUACGUGACAGAUCGAAAAAUAGAAAAAAAUAGGAAAAUAAUUAUAUUUAUGUUUAUAUAUGUAU